CGCAACAACGUUGGUGUAGUCAUAGCCACAGCUUUAGGGAGAACAGCUUGUUCUGGAAGCGCCUGGAUAUUUCAAUCUGAAGCGAACAUGAACUCUAUCCAUUGACUAUGAAACGGAAAAAAAGCCAGUUGCGCUGAAGAAACUGCUGCAACGUGUCAGGCUCGUGUCCUCGGUGACUCUGAUAUGGACCUCCCAAUGAUUUCCCGGAUGCUUUGAACCCUAGCCUCAAUCUUUCCCGCUUUAUCCACACUGUAACCGUGCCCUCCAAUCAACCUGGCCGUUGACAAAGAGACUCCGCUGCCUCUAAAAUGUCGCUUUUCGGUGGACGGACAAAGGCAAAUCUACCCCAUUCGAACGAAAGGGUCGAGGUUAUGAAGGGGGGAAUGCCCGGGAAGGGAGGUAUCACCCCACCAGCCCCGGUGUCAUCAAGGGCGAACGUGUACAUCAACCAGCCGACUCGGAUGUCUUCCAAGACUGCAUCCAAGUUUGGGCUGUCAACAAUGUAUUCUCCCUUCUCGCCUAACCCUUCAAGAAGGCCAACCAGAGGGUGGACGAUUCCAGUGACGGUUGCAGACCCACUCACCACUACGAAGGUCAAGCCCGCUGUUGCUGAGUCGUACGGAAAGAGCGGGUCUAGUUUGGCCCCGUUGGGAUCUGCCUCCAAUCCCGGAGGUCUUAGAUCAAUGAUUUCUCGCACUUUUAACACACAGCAUCGUCCUCAGAACGAGAAUAGCAUAUCUACACCUAAACGCCCUCCAGAGUUUUCGGAAGAAAACCCGGAAGCACCGGCGAUUUCCCCUGCUUCAGAUGUGAUUAAGGAGGACAGCGGGAAGCUUGCUGGCCGCGUAUUGGGAGCUCCUUCGCACUCAUCGGAACGGAAAGUGACAAGUAUCCCUUCGGAAAAGGAAGGCAUCUUACCCAAUGAAGAUCAGGCGUCGAAACAAGACCCUCAGGCAUCAGCUGCAGCGAGGGGAUCUGAACAGUUGACCAACGUGUCUCCGGCAAUGAAGGGGAAACAUUCGCUUCAAUCUGAGAGUUUCGCUGGGAACUUGGUCUCCGAACCUGAUGGUCCUGGUAAGGGGCUAUCAAUGUUGAACGGUCCAGCUGUGGCGAAACCGCGGCUUACCAGCGGCUCGACUUCGUCACAGACCGAUCCGAAGACAAUUCUGGGGAUUCAAGCCGUCGGAUCCGCUCUGGAGCAGCUCUCACCAACUGUGACAUCCUCAACAACGAAAUUCACUGGGCUCAUUCCGCUCCGAAGCUCACCCGGUAGCCCACUGGAGGCGACUAGGCCUAUGCCUCUCCCUUCUUCACCCUCCCAUAAUCCUUCAACGAACGGGCUCAGUACAUCUGUUUCUGCGGUUCAUGGAUCAUUAGAAGACAAGCGAUAUCCGCAUCCAGCUGUAGCGCUAAGUGCUCCAAUUCUCACGGCAUCCCCGCGUCUAGAAUCAAUGUUUUCAAUCGAGCAAAGGCUUCAGACAUAUUCUGAAAAACCCCCAGAUUCACCUCAAUCCAAAUCGUUAAUAUCUCCUCUCACGUCAACUUUUGUGAGCGCCCUUUCAUCGCCGCUCCUUGUGGAAUCUAGACAGUCGUCUUCCACCAUGUUGACUCCCCGCCCAGAAACUGGUUCAACUAUCACUAUCUCCGCCCCGACUCCGCUGAAGGCCUUAUCCUCUCCCUCAUACAGCGUUUAUGAACCCGUUAUGGAUGGGCAUUCCGUGACUGUUCACCCAUCGGGUCAAAUCCGCAGGGUCUGUCCGAAGAUUGAGCCGCUUGGAUCAAAAGACGACUGUCAGGCAUCUGGGGGUUUGUCUCAUACUGUCAAGGACAUACCCUCUAGUGUAGUAGGCGUUGUCAUCAAGACGUCAAAUGGUCAACACAAAACGGCAAAACUGCCGCGUUCGCCCCCGCCUAGAAGUCCAGGGAUAAUCGUUUCAUGCGUGCCCUCCUUGGUGCCAAUUUCUGACCCAGCCCCAAGCUCUCAGCCUUCAAUGGGGACUACUGGGUCUCCUGAUCCAGCUUCAGAAAUUCCAACGACCGCCCCCCCGUUGCGUGUAACAAAGAGUGAACCUUUGCGUGCCACUUCCCAUUCUGGCGACUGGGACAUUAGCACCCCAUCGUUCGACAGUCAAAUCCAGACUUCCUCUCUUAUCCCUGUUUCAGGCACAACAAAAGACACUAUGACAACUACUACAACUUUGCCAAACGGUCGAGACAUUUCACUUUCGCCAAAAUCGCCCAUCCUCUCAUUACGAGGGGCCCCACAAGCCGCUGAAACCCCAACCGUGUGUGAGGUCGUGGUUCCAACCACUUUGAGCAGUAACACGCCGGUCCCGUUGGCCAGAAUCCAACAAUCUCCUCCGCAGUCUCCAAUCACCAGCGGAAAUGUUAUCUCAACCCCGAACAGAGUCCGAGCCAAGGUACUGCCACCCAUUUACGUCCCGGGGGGAUCAAGCAUAGCAACGAGUCCCCCCCCCACACCAUCUUUCAGGUCCCGCUUCACACCCGUAGCAAAAUCACUGGGUUCUCCCUUACCCGCAAUUCCUCGAACUCCACUAAAGGCGAGAGAGCUGGAUCCCAAUGAUGCCACAGUCCCCGAAAGGAAAGCCACGACCGAGCGGCCGUUGGAGCAGAGCUUGUCUCCCAAAGCAUUCAAGGACACAGGAUCAGAAGGACCGUCUGUGCCUCGUGAUGACUCGAGUGACGGCAUGGAGAACCAACGCGUAUCUUCUGGAGACAAUACCCCACGGCCGAAUUCGCCCCCGCCAACUUCAAUGUCGCUUCCCCUAGAGGAGGCACUCCUCUCGCUGCUUGGCAUUCCCUUCGUGCCUCGGGCCGUCGAGCCCAGGUUUGAGAAUGAGGAGAAGUCAUCCACACAACCCUCUUCUGAUAUUGUACCGCACUCAAGUCGGAAUGCCGUGCUGGUGAUCGAAUCCCCUCAGACCGUAGACUCAAGUGUAGACUCCGUCCCUCCACUUUCGGACACACCAGCACCGUCAGCACUUCAUCCUAAAGCCAUAACAAAACCAUCUUCCGUGGAAACUCCUGCAAGAUUGUCCGAUGCGGAGGAUGCCAAGCCGGCUGUAAACCCAACCCCGAAACCCCAUACCGCAGAGCUAUUGCCCGCUCCGUCAGCCAGUGAACACAAGCCAGACUUCACACAUCCCUCUGCCGCACCUGACGUUGUCCCAUCCCAACCCGUUCAACUUGGGCCGUCGGUACCCGGGACUAAGUCACCAAAUUUACUGAUGAAAGAAUUGCCGGCCCCCCCUCCCACCAAGACUCAGUCAGCUUCAAUUCAAUGCGUACCCAGACCAACUAACAUUGAAGAAAGUCUGGAACCUCGGGAGCAUGAGGGUAAGAACGGAUCCAAGAACAUUCGCUCAGCGCAUCCAGUAUCCCAGGGGAUUCCCGUCAAGGAUUCAGUAUCAUCCGUGGCGAGCAACGCGCCCCUGCCGCCCGCUCCUCACCCAGCACCACCGGAAGCAAAGGCUAUAGUAGGGCCUGGUAUUGCUGGCAGUGGUUCUUCCACCUCGACCCCCGCUCAAGCGAUCACACCUGUGUCAAUUCUCAAAAAUGCUAGUCGCAUCGUCGGUGCAUCCGAGCCUAGAUAUAGUCAUCGGUAUCAAGCUCCAGCAGCCACAGUUUCCAUCUCUCCCCCAGCAGCUCCCAAGGCUUCAAAUCAUUCAUUCAAAUUUUGGCGCUCAAGUAGGAGUCGAACCCCCGCUCAUCUCAACGCAUUUCUUUCUGUUGGGUCGCUGCCUAAUCUAAGCGCGCCGGUUGAAGAUCCCGAACCCCUCAAUGCCCUGGAUGAGUUUUCCUCAACAUUUUUCCCAAUAUCCCGGACUAGUAGCUUUGGAUCAUAUCGUGAUCCAGCGCCUCGUUACCGUGCCCCGAGCCCCCCCUUUUGGGAAGCAUCGAUAUCUUCUGGGAAAAAAAGGUUGGAGGAGUUUGUUGCGGUCUCAAUUCCACCUUCAAAACGAGGGACACCUUUCGCGUUCUUGUCGCGCAAGGGCCGGAAACGGGCUGUGUCGGUGACAUCAGUUGAGGCAGCAAUUGGAGGUUCACAGGUCAUUGGCUCCGUGACCGAUCGAUACUCGAAAAGCAUAGUGUCGGAUGUGUAUACCCCACCGCCUUCGCCUGAACCAGUCGAGAAAGUCGUUCUCGGCUGGCACCAAUCAUUGGCAUCAAAACCGGAUAACAUCAAAGUUCGAAGACCUGGAGUAACUUGGGACACUGAGAUAGAGGGACCGAGCAGCCCCAUAGCAAGUCUGCCAGUUCUCGUUGCUCGAGACAACUGGCCGCCAAAGGCGGAUAACGGUCAAGAAAGUGAGGAUAUCAUCGGCCUCGAUGUCAGGGGUAUAUAGCUGAGCAUGCAGUAAAUAUACCCAAAAAUCAUGUUUCCCCAUGAACACAUAACUGCCUUCCAAAUUUUGGUCAUGAUUUUGUUUGAAUCCUACGAGUUUCUCCCAUUACUUAAGAUACACUGGGUAUUGGAAUCUGUGCUGAAGGUGUC